GGACGAGGAAUCGUGCCGGCGCUGCCCCUGACCCGGGCCACCUUCCUCCGGUUUCCGCCGGCCGCGGGCUUCGGCGGCCCGAUGCUGCAGGCGCCGCGGGAGAGGCAGCGGCCGGCUGGAGCGAGCGGCGGCGGGCGGCCGGAGAGCCGCAGGCCUCCCGCCGCAGAGUCCCGCACGCCUCUGCAGUCUUCGCGCCUGGGCCUCGGCGGCACUUGCAAGUGAAGCAGCAGCACAACUCUUUGUUUUGGAUUAUUCCUAGCAGAGAGGCUCCAACAAUUUUGCAGACGGACUCCCGGGCCUCUGGAACCCGUACUACGUCCUUCACAUUCAGGAGCAGAGAGCCUUUGCGAAACAGAUUCCUAAUAGUGGAGGUGGGCCAGCCAUGAGAGGGUACCUUGUGGCCAUAUUCCUGAGUGCUGUCUUUCUCUAUUAUGUGCUGCAUUGUAUAUUAUGGGGAACAAACGCCUAUUGGGUGCCACCUGUGGAAAUGAAGCGGAGAAAUAAGAUCCAGCCUUGUUUAUCGAAGCCAGCUUUUGCCUCUCUCCUGAGGUUUCAUCAGUUUCACCCUUUUCUGUGUGCAGCUGAUUUUAAAAAGAUUGCUUCCUUGUAUGGUGGCGAUAAGUUUGAUUUGCCCUAUGGGAUAAGAACAUCAGCGGAAUAUUUUCGGCUUGCUCUUUCAAAACUGCAGAGUUGUGAUCUCUUUGAUGAAUCUGACAACAGUGUGCCAUGUAAAAAGUGCGUGGUGGUUGGUAAUGGAGGAGUUUUGAAGAAUAAGACAUUAGGAGAAAAAAUUGACUCCUAUGAUGUAAUAAUAAGAAUGAAUAAUGGUCCUGUUUUAGGACAUGAAGAGGAAGUUGGGAGAAGGACAACCUUCCGACUUUUUUAUCCAGAAUCUGUUUUUUCAGAUCCCAAUCACAAUGAUCCUAAUACUACGGCGAUUCUCACUGCUUUUAAGCCACUUGAUUUAAAGUGGCUGUGGGAAUUGUUGACAGGUGGCAAAAUAAACACUAAUGGUUUUUGGAAGAAACCAGCCUUGAACUUAAUCUACAGACCUUAUCAAAUCAGAAUAUUAGAUCCUUUCAUUAUCAGAAUGGCAGCUUAUGAACUGCUUCACUUCCCAAAAGUGUUUCCCAAAAAUCAGAAACCCAAGCACCCAACAACAGGAAUUAUUGCCAUCACAUUGGCUUUUCACAUAUGUCAUGAAGUUCACCUUGCUGGAUUUAAAUAUAACUUUUCUGACCUCAAGAGUCCUUUGCACUAUUAUGGGAAUGCCACCAUGUCUUUGAUGAGUAAGAAUGCAUAUCACAAUGUGACAGCGGAGCAGCUCUUUUUGAAGGACAUUAUAGAAAAAAACUUUGUAAUCAACUUGACUGAAGAUUGACCCUACAGACUCAGAAGACGAUGCUAACAGUAUUAGUUUUAUUUUUAUACUGCAAUUUUUAGUUUAUUUUUAAAUAUGUUGGAUGCACUUGUCAAGAAAUUGUGUACAUAAAAGUCUGUUGUCGCCUGGUGAGUCAAAACCACCAGCUUAAUUUCUGUGAAUAUAUUUAAUUUAUAAAAACCAGGAUAUGUUUAGUUAUCAGGGAAAUAAGUUUUGAAUGCAUUGUUUUUAAAACCUAGUUUUCUGAAGUGUUUUUAAACAUCUUUUUGUAGUUACUUCAUGUUAGACUUUUGAAGGGAUGUGACUUCUUAGUAGGGGAUUUAGUUUACCACAACAAAUUUUGAACACAUUUUGAGAGGUGUACUAGUCUACUGUAAAUUGGUGGGGAAUGGAGAUGUGGUUGUGCCUUGAUAUGGCAAAAUGGAACCAUUUUAGGCAUGUAUCUAAAUGGUUGAUUAGUUCCUUUUUGUCCCCGAGGAGACCGAUUUUAAUCUUAAAAGCAGCCCUGAACACAACAGUGGGUUAUGGUCAAGGAAAUCUAAGACCAUACUAGUUUCAUUAAGCUUUUAACUAAACCAGGAUUAUUAAUGAGUAAUUUCAUAGAAGGAAGGUGGUGUUUUUGUUUUUAAGGUGAAGGAAAUAGGCUGAAUAUGAAAUUCUGGAUAAAUAGCCUAAGAAUACAAUUACUAAAGUCUGGUGACUGCAUUAUUUUUAAGUUUAUACAAAGAAGCUCCAGGAGACCAUUGUUAAACAUCAUUUUCUGCCUUGUUUAAUAUAUUAAAAUUUGAAAGUUUACUAUUUCAAUUAGGAAAAAUGAAGACGACACAGUAAGUUAAACCCUUUAGAAGAUUCAAGCUGUUUUUGGAUUUAAAUGGUAUUUUCAUGAAAAAUCUCAACUGUCCACGAUUAAAUCACAUCUUCAAAGGGAAGGCUUAUCUGGAUACCUAGGGUGCAUCAGAAGAAUCCCACUGGAUGCAAACAAGUUAAAAACCAGUCCAGCGGAGGUGAUCUAUUUGUAACCACUGAUACUCAUCAGCGGCAAAAGCAGCCCAAGGAGGUCCGGGUUGCUUCAGCCUGGCUUUCUCGGGUUUCCAGCUGUUCUCCCGCCCUGUGUGGUCAGUCCACUCCAGCACAGACGAUGCUGUUAUCUGCGCAUCGGCAAUCACCCCGGAUUCCAUCCCCAGUGUGCCGUAACAGCCUGAAACGACAGAGACAGUAAUGUGGUUUCCAGAAAUAAAUUCAAAAUCUGUAUAAAUGUGCUCAUUGGAAACUUUCUGUUGUACAUGUAAUUAAUAUAUACUAUGCUAAUAACACUGUAAUACAGAAAUUUCAAAAGUA